GCUGUCGACGAAGAGGUUGCGCAGAGGUUACGCCGUGGAUGUAAACAAAAGAAUUUCCGAAGUUUGCCAGGAUCAUCCUGAGUCGGUGGAAAGUCAACUGUAAGCCGGCCAGCCACCCAUGGUGCAGCUGGCUGGCUCGGUUGCCAACCUGAGGCGCUGUGCCUGCUCGUUCUCGACGAUGGAGCCUGAGGAGCCGUCGGCGCUGGAGCACGAGAUGACCCAGCUGUCGGGCGGCAGCAGCGAGCCCUCGGCCGCUCCGCCGCCGCCCCAGCCGCCGCCGCCGCCCUCCCUGCCGCUGCCGCCGCCACCACCACCGCCGCCGCCGCCACCGCCGUCAUCCGAGUGUGCGGUCCAGCGGGCGCCGUCACCGGCGGCCUUCAGCGGCGGCCCGGGAGCUGCCGAGCCGGGCGGGCCGGCGGCGGCGCGCGCCUGCCACCAGCAGUACCCGAAGCGCGACUGCGUGCUGGACGCCGAGAGCGCCGAGGCGGCCGCGCUGCUGCCGGCGCCGUUCCGGCUGCUGCACGGCGAGUACGUGGUGCGCGCCGGCCGCGUGGUCGAGGGCCGCCUCUACCUGACCAACUACCGGCUCUACCUGCAGGCCGACACGGCCAGCGGCCUGCUGAACGUGCCGCUCGGCCUGCUGGAGACGGCCGAGACGCGCGACAUCUGCUACCUGCACGUCCAGUGCAAGGACGCCAGGGCCUUCCGGCUGACGCUGCCGACGGGCGAGGCGUGCGCCGAGUGGCAACGUGACCUGGCGGCCGGGCUGGCGCCUCCCGAGCGGCUCUCGGCCAGCUUCAGCCACGCGUUCCACGCCUGGUGUCGCGAGGAGGGCGCUGACGAACUGCACCAGACGCUGACGGCGGCCGCUGUGAGGCCCGCCGGCGCCGAGCUGGCCACCUACAAGGCGGAGCUGGAGCGGAUGGGGUUCGACCUGCGCGCUGCCUGGCGCAUCAGCACGGCCAACCAGGAGUUCAAGCUGUGCCCGUCCUACCCGCGCUUCCUGCUCGUGCCGCUGUCCAUCAGUGACGACAUGCUGGAGAAGGUGGCCCGCUUCCGGGCGCUGCGCCGCGUGCCCGCCGUCUGCUGGAGGCACGGCCGGACGGGCGCGGUGCUGGUGCGCUCCGGCCAGCCGGAGGUGGGCUGGCUCGGCUGGCGAUCAGCCGAGGACGAAGAGCUCAUCAAAGCCGUGAGCGAGGCGUGCGCGGCCAACCGGCUGUCGGCCGAGGCCGGGCCGGCCGCCGCCAACGGGCACGUCAACGGCGACGUGCCCAGCCUGCGCGACCUCUCCGAGGAGGCGCUGCUCUUCAAAAACACAGAGAAAGUGGUGAUUGUGGACGCGCGCAGUUACGCGGCGGCGGUGGCGAAUCGCGCGCGCGGCGGCGGCGUCGAGUGCAACGAGUACUACCCCAACAGCGAGGUGGUGUUCAUGAACCUGCCCAACAUCCACACAGUGCGCAAGGCGUUCCAGGCGCUGCGGGCGCUCCUCUCGGCGCCCACCGACCAGACCAUCUGGUUCCAGUCUCUGGAGGCCACGCGGUGGCUGUCGCACAUGUCUGCGCUGCUGCGAGCGGCCGUCAGCGUGGCGCGCUAUAUGGACGACCAGGGCCGGCCGGUGCUGGUGCACUGCAGUGACGGCUGGGACCGCACGCCGCAGAUCACGGCGCUGGCGCAGCUGCUGCUCGACCCGCACUGCCGCACCAUCGACGGCUUCCAGGCGCUGCUGGAGCGCGAGUGGCUGGACUUUGGCCACAAGUUCGCCGACCGGUGCGGUAACGCCGUCUGCACAGAGGACGCCAACGAGCGGUGUCCCGUGUUCCUCCAGUGGCUCGAUUGUGUCUACCAGCUGACGCAGCAGUUCCCCUGCGACUUCCAGUUUAACAUGGCCUACCUGGUGAAGCUGGUGCACCACGCCUACUCGGGGCUGUUCGGCACGUUCCUGGGUAACUCUGCGCGGGACAGGGAGGCCGCGCAGCUGUCCAGCAGCACGUACAGCGUGUUCGCCUACCUGCGCGCCAACCGGGACCGGUUCACCAACUACCUAUACAGCAACCGCGGCAAGGUGCUGACGCCGUCGGUGCACCCGCGCGACCUGUGCCUCUGGUCGGCCGUCUACCUGGGCUCGGUACCGCCCUGCCCGGACGAGGCCAUCCCGCGGCCAGCGCCGCCCGACGAGCCCUCCGAGCCGGCCGCCGCCGACACAGCCAAACAGCUGGUGCGCACCCGCAGCUGCGAGGACCUCACCGAGCGGAAGGAGCUGACACGCACCGCCAGCGACCCCAGCCUGCUGGACACGUGCGGGAAGGAGCCGGAGUCGGACGUGCCGCCGUGCGCCGGCGAGGAGGCCGAGCCGCCGCCGGACGGAGACGCCGCCGGCCGGCCGGACGCGGCGUCGGCCGUGACUCUGGCCGAGGACGCCGACUCCGGGGUGCCGGCCGAGUCGCCGGAGGGCAGCGAGGCGGCCGGCGACACGAGUAGCUGCGGCGGCGGCGUCACCGGCUCCACGGACACGCUGGCGGCCGAGCGGCGCGAGCGCAGCACCUCCACCAGCGACAUCAGUCACUCGGGCGUGCGUCAGCGCUGCGUGUGCCACCAGCUGCGGCGGCUGGUGGCACGCCGCGCCGGCGCCAGCCCCGGCCACAGCCGCACGCCCAGCUCCGGCUUUCCCGCCACGCCCAACGACGACAGGCUGUCGGAGCGGACGGCCGACUCGGCGUCGGGCCGCCGGCUGGAGAUGGACGGCCUGCCCCGUGUCAAGGACGACCUACACCAGCGGCUCUACCAUAUGCACAUGGCGCACAAGAUGGAGGUGGAGGCGCUGCGGCGCGACCUGCACAUGACCCGGCUGGCGCUGUGCAGCCAGGUGUCGUUCCAGUGCUCCUCGGCCGGCCGACACGCCGACCGGCCGGACGAGGCGGAUCUGACGGCGGCGCUCGAGGAGCAGCUCUCGGUCGGCCGGCAGUCGUCCACCUCGGACGGCGGCAGCUGGGAGGCCGUGGAGGAGGCCGACGCGCGGCCGCAGCUCUGGGUGCCCGACUACGCGGCACAACGCUGCACCGGCUGCGACACAGAGUUCUGGCUGGGCCGCCGCCGACACCACUGCAGGAACUGCGGCAACGUCUACUGCGCCGACUGCUCCAAGUACGAGGCGGUGAUCCCGCGCGAGCAGCUGUACACGCCGGUGCGCGUGUGCUCGCGCUGCUUCGCCAGCCUGAGCGCGGCGCGGUGCUCGCCGGACCCGGUGUGCGGGCCGUGCCGGCGCGCCGAGGGGGGCGCCGACACGGGCCAGCCGCCGCGGGCCGAGAGCGGCGCCCCGUCCGGCUGAGCGCCGCCCGACGGCCACAGGCCGGACGGACGGCGCCCUCCCGGCAGAUAUUUAUUUUUGUAACGUGUGCGAGUCUCGGCCGAGGGCGGCGGCCGAUGUCUAGUCGAUCUGCGAGCAGGCGUGAUGGCUGUUGUUCUGGUGCGUGCCGCCGUUAUAUCCUGUGCGUUUGCGAGUGUGCGUAUGUUGCCGCGCGAGUGUUUGUGUGUGAGCGGUGAUGUGCCGGCGGUCGGCCGUCUGUGGUGCAGGUUCUGUCGGCUGGCGGCAAUGACAGCCAAGACUGUGUCGCCGGGCCGGCCGGCUGUGGCUGAGGGUGAGUGUACGCCCGAGCCGGCUGGGCGCGGCACUGCGGGCGGCGUCACUGCCGCCUGCUGACCGAGACAGCAGACCCCGGCCGGCCGCGCUGCACCCGUCUGUCUGCUCCGCCUGCUGGGCGCGCGUCCGCCGGUCUGUCCGGUGUACCCCCGUCCGCCGGACGGCCUCUCUAUGGCGCGGUGUGUUCGGCCCGCCGUGCUGGCCGGCCCCGCGGCCCCUCACCCUGUCCCUGCCGGCGCCGGCCGUCCUAUACGGCCGCAGCUGCAAUAACCCCGUGUGUCUGUCUGUCUGCGCGGACGGUGCAUGUCUCAGGGGCCGCGCCGAGCCGCUGUCGCCCUCUGAGCAGAGUUUUAUAUCGGCGAUCAGUGCGCGCCCGCCGUCAGGUAUUGUAACAUUCAAGUGUCGGACACUAAAUUGGAGAAUCGUUUAUCGCUAGAGCGUCGUUGUAGCGUGAUCGAGGUCUUUCGUGGGCGGACGGGCGGUGUCCGGCGCCCGUCGGCCGUGGCUGAACUGUGAGCGCGUGGGUAGUGACCGUGUAGUGAGUGCGUGCGACGCCCGCCCGGCCAGCCGCGGCCGGCUCUGUGUUAUUCUCGCUGUGAACGCGGCCCGCCCGUGUGACUACAUUGCGCGCCAUGGGACGCCGGCGGUACGGUGGCCGCGCUGAUUUCACCGCUGCCGGUGGGGUGACGUUCUAUUUCCUGACACUGGUGGUCGGCGCCCGGAUUCUGGUGUUAUCCUAUCUUUUCGCCAUCGCUGACACUGACAUGAUUUCCUCCUGGAGUUUGAACGGUUUCCGGGCAGCAGCACUGAAUAUCCGUUCUAUCAAUGUCGAAAAUAAUGCAAACUAUUUGUUCCUGG